UUCCUCUUCUUCACGCGAUUGUCGUUUUCUGCCAACGUCACUGUCUGUCACGGCCCAGAACCCACGAACCCGCAUUCUUCAGCCAACUGCAAACAGGGCUUGCCUUAGCGUGGAGCCCUGCAGAUUAGCUCCACGCCGCUUUCCCCAAGGCGUGGCCCAAACUAGAUCGCUCAUUUGUCGGCAUUCGUCUAAGCUUAAAUCCCCAGCCCGCAUUCAAGACCGACUCUUCACAAUAGCUCCAAGCCUCUUGAAUUGGUGGCGUAUUGCAUAUUAACAUAAUCCACGAAAAAUCAGGCGGAAGUUCCCAGCUCCGCAGCAAUGUCCCGCACCUUUUUACCACGAUGACGACCGUUAGCGAGGUUGCAGUGCCUCGUUGACGCAUCUCCACUCGAAAACGUGGGCAUGUUGAUUGACUCGGUGCUAGCUCGGUACUGGUGAGCGACGGGAAAAAAGGUUCUCGUCGAGACUUGGCGGCCCAUGAGGGACAAAAUUUAAAAGGGUACAUUAGUAGCGGCAAUCCCGGCCCUCCGUCUGCUCAAUUCGUCCCUCUGCACACCCAAUUGAACAUAGUCAAGCUUCUUUUGCCUCGUCCCGUUCACCAUGCACAGCAAUUGCAUCUCCGUUCUCGCCGGCCUGGCGGUUGUCGGCCAAGUCGCCGCCACGCCGUGCAAGCCCGAUGACGGCAGCUCCGUCAAGCCCAUCAAGCACAUCCAGCUUGGCCCUCGCCCGUACUACCUCGUCGACAACCUCGAGAAGGGCGCGCUUAAGAGCAAGCUCAACUCCUGCAAGGAGAAUGAGAUGAAGGUGUCGCCGUGGGUGAUUGCGCAUCGCGGCGGCGCAUGCCUCCAGUUCCCCGAGCACUCGCUCGAGUCCAACAUGGCUGGUGCGCGUAUGGGCGCCGGUAUUCUUGAGUGCGACGUCUCCUUCACCAAGGACCGCGAGCUGGUUUGCCGCCACAGCAACUGCGACUUGCACACCACCACCAACAUUGUCAACAUCCCUGAGCUCAAUGCCAAGUGCUCUACGCCCUUUACCCCGGCCAAGGACGGCAAGCAGGCGACCGCAAAGUGCUGCACCAGCGACAUCACGCUCAAGGAGUUCAAGUCGCUCUGCGCCAAGAUGGACGGCUUCAACGCUAGCGCCGUCACCCCCGAGGCCUACCUGCACGGCACGCUCCCCUGGCGCACCGACCUCUACAACACCUGCGGCACUCCCAUGUCCUUCAAGGAGCACAUCAAGCUGACAGAGGCUCUUGGCCUGAAGCACACCCCUGAACUCAAGACUCCUCAGGUCAAGAUGCCCUUCGAGGGCAACUACACCCAGGAGCUGUACGCUCAGCAGGUCAUUGACACUCUUGUCGAGGCCAAGGUCAAGCCUGAGAACGUCUACCUGCAGAGUUUCCUUCAUGAUGACCUCAUCUACUGGCUCAAGGCCGACAAGGAGUUUGGCAAGCAGGCCAUGCUUCUGGAUGAGGGUGAUGGCGGCAACUCUGGUGAUGCCGCGUCUGCCAACUUGACCCGCUACCGCGAGGAGGGCAUCAACUACAUUGCCCCUCCCAUAAACUUCCUCCUCUCUGCUGCCAACGGCACCCUUGCCCCCAGCGUCUACGCCAAGAAGGCCAAGGAAGCUGGCCUCAAGAUCAUCACCUGGAGCUUGGAGCGCUCUGGUCCCAUUGCCGCUGCCGCCGCUAAGAAGGACUACUAUGUCAGCACCUUCACUGAUGCUAUCUCCAAGGACGGUGACAUCUUCCACAUGCUCGAUGUUCUAUACAACCAGGUCGGUGUCACUGGUAUCUUCUCCGAUUGGGUUGCCACCACCAGCUACUUUGCCAACUGCUUCAAGAUUGAUCUGUAAAUGGGGUGAUGAUGAUUGUAAAUAUAUGAAUA